UCCUGAUCCCACAGUUGUCCCAAUAUGACGACGUAGGCCGAUUGAGGGCGAUAGGCCCUUCAGAAGCAAAGUUGUGCGUUAAAGCUUGCACGUGCGAAGCCAACCAGAUUUAACUCCGACGUAGGACGUCUUUUUGCCACCAUCGCCGCAGCUCUGAGCCAAGUGCUAUGAAUUACUCUUCCAACCCUUGGUCUUCUUCAGGUUCCCCGCCUCCAAGGUACAAUACCUUCCCAGAUGACGACGCAGGUCCAAGCAAUGAGCGGAUGCCCUUGAACCCGCAAAAAAUACAGAGAUUUAGAAAGUGCUCGUCCUUGAAGGCCAUCAUCAUCCUUCUCUUGCUAACGGGCACCAUCUGGCACUUUAUUGACGACUACUCGAACAUCCACCGCUCGGACGUCCAGGAGAGGAUCCGCCAUCGCGAAAAGUUGGAACGUCUGAAGCGGAUCGAGAACGAGGACGCGCAGAGAAAGCUGGCGCAUGAGCGAGAGGACGAGGAGCGACGUUUGACGUUCGAAGAAGAGGACCAAUGGCGGAAGGAAGAGAGGGAAAAGCAGGACAGAGCAAUCGAGCGCGAGGAGGCACAGAGAAAGCGGCGUCUCCAACAGGAGGAUGACCAGAGACGGCGCGCGCAUGAGGAAGAAGACAACAGGAGGAAAGUAGAGAAGGAAAGAGAGGACAGAGCCAUCCAGGCCCGAGAGAUCCUUGUAGCGCGCAGAGAGCAGGCUGUCCAGGUGAAGGACGAUGCGAUGCGGGAGGAUGAAGAACGCAGGAAGCGCGCAGCGUUGACCUGGCACGACUUGACGGCGGAGAAACGGUGUUUGGGCUACGAGAAGAGGAUGUAUCACGCGGACCUGAUAAACAUACCUUAUGGGGAGGAUGCGCAGAGCUGGUGCAUGAGGACGGCCAUCGAUAUCCAUGGAGUCACGUAUGACCAUCCGGAGUUUUGCACGAAAGAGAGACAGGAUGGUGCCGUUAGGAUCGUUGGACAUUGGACCGUCACAUCAAAUGAACCAACGUGCAAGACGUGGUGGGGUAAUCACAAAAAGAAAGGCUGCCACGGCUCCCACAAAAUGCGUGUUGAAGCACAAAUGUUCAACCAUCAAGAGCCGUGGGACAACUGGGCUGAGAUGUGUUUCUCUACCCCUUCUGAAUUCGCCUGGGAUAGCUUUCCUCACCCUGAUACGUGUGAGAACAAGGGGAAACAUGGUAUAAUUUGUAGUUGGUUCAUCGAUGUCGAUGAGAGUGAGUGCCCGUGAACGAUAUAAAUGUAUUUCGUUAUAUUAGCUGUCUCUUGCCAUCAACCGUUGUAACAAAUAACUUGUAUAACUUGUUUUCAAUGCAGAAUUGCAAUGCAGAAUUAGUCGCCAUGCAAACUUGAACGCCGUUGCAUAUCGAACUCGUAGCUCGUGCAUCUGAUUGUUCAACGUUCAGCAGUCAUGUGUUCGUGCCAGUAAAAUCUCGUAGCUACGCUUUUCUCUUUCUUCUUUCUUUACUCGAUUGACUGUGUACUACGUACCAAGUCAAUACCGUAUUCGUGACGUGAUCUCUCGUGUUUCCACCCCGCUAGGAAUUAUCCUAACAAAGGACAUAUCAUCUUCGCCACCUGAACGGCUUUCCUCCGUUACGGAAAGAGGUACAGUGAUUUU